GUGGAGUAGCAUCUUGGCCCUGUGACGUCAGGGGAGCAGCAUCAGCUGUUAGCUGUGUGCAUUUUAAGCCUUUUCGCUACCCAUCGCUGCCCACACAAAGGACAAAUAUAUGAGAUCCCCUCCAAUCCCUGAAAUGGCAACACAGGAGGUUCAGCUCAACGAGACUCUGGCGCAUCUCAAAACGGAGUCGGAGACGCUCAAGUCGAAGCUGGAGGAGGAAAGAGCCAAGCUGCACGACGUCGAGCUGCAUCAAGUGGCGGAGAAGGUGGAGGGCUUGGGUCAGUUUGUCAUGAAGACCCGAAGAACUCUGAAGGGUCAUGGCAACAAAGUUCUGUGCAUGGAUUGGUGUAAGGACAAAAGGAGGAUUGUCAGCUCCUCACAGGAUGGAAAAGUGAUCGUGUGGGAUGCCUUCACUACCAACAAGGAGCACGCCGUGACAAUGCCUUGCACCUGGGUGAUGGCCUGCGCCUAUGCCCCGUCUGGCUGUGCUGUAGCUUGUGGUGGCUUGGACAACAAAUGCUCAGUGUAUCCUCUCUCCCUGGACAAGAAUGAGAACCUGGCUGCAAAGAAGAAGUCUGUUGCCAUGCACACAAACUACUUGUCUGCUUGUAGCUUCACCAAUUCAGACAUGCAGAUCCUGACUUCCAGUGGGGAUGGGACAUGUGCAUUAUGGGAUGUGGAGAGUGGGCAGUUGUUGCAGAGUUUCCAUGGACACGCGGCAGACGUGCUGUGUUUGGACCUGGCCCCCUCUGAGACUGGAAACACUUUUGUGUCAGGGGGCUGCGAUAAGAAAGCCAAUGUGUGGGAUAUGCGUUCAGGACAGUGCAUUCAGUCCUUUGAAACUCACGAAUCCGACAUCAACAGUGUGCGUUACUAUCCCAGUGGAGAUGCAUUUGCAUCUGGUUCAGAUGAUGCUACAUGCCGCCUGUAUGACUUAAGAGCAGACAGAGAAGUAGCUAUCUAUUCCAAAGAGAGCAUCAUAUUUGGAGUAUCCAGUGUUGAUUUCUCUCUCAGUGGACGCCUCCUUUUUGGUGGCUACAAUGACUACACCAUUAACGUUUGGGAUGUACUCAAAGGAACACGGGUGUCUAUUUUGUUUGGACACGAGAACCGUGUCAGUACAUUGCGGGUGUCCCCCGAUGGGACGGCCUUCUGCACAGGCUCUUGGGACCACACCCUUCGAAUCUGGGCUUAAGGACGAAGUGCACAGAUGAUUUUAUGUCAGUGAAAACGCCUGCAGACACAAAUUCCUUCUGUUUGCUAACAUACAAUCACAGAAAUGGAUACUUGGUUUGUGGCUGUACAUAUCAAAUACAUUGUUUGUACUUAGGCUGUGUUUCAAUUAGUGCACUUCCGUACUUCAGUAUUAUUAUUCAAUAUGUAUGCUGUAUGUACACAAGGUAGUUCCAAAGGGUGCAAAUUUGGAAAGCACAGUGUUAUCCCAAAUUGAUUAAUUGUUGCGCACUUAUUUGAAAUGUUGAUUGCAAUAUUUAUCCACUUCCUCUUCUCUCUUUUUGCAACUCCUCGAGUUAGUCCUCCCCUUUGGCGAUGAUUGAGGGUGGUUAGGUUCUAUUGCCGCACACACACCAUUUGGGGCAUAUUGAGUGCAACAUCCAGGUACGGAUGGUGCACUGCAUUUUGCUGUACUUCUCAGUGUAAAUGCACUUAUACAGUCAAAAUACUACAUAAGUGUAAGUAUGGAAGUGCGCAAAAUGAAACCCAGCCGUAAUCACACAACCAGAUUAGAUUCGAUGGACAUAUCACUCAAAAUGAUGAAGCCUCAUGACAUGUUCAUAAUACUCAUUGAUUGUAUUAAAAUGGCACAGAAGGACCUAUAAUAAUAAUAAUGAUAAUAAUAAUAAUUUUAAAUGGAAAAUGUAUUUGGAAAACACUUGUAGUGAAUAGCAUUCUAGGAUAGAAGUGACACAAAGUGAUGUGUUGUAUAUGCCACAUUAAGAGCAAUAUUAUGAAAACACGGCUAUAGUGUUUUGGAAGAAAGUGUAAUAUGAAAUACAAUAUUAUAGAUAUUACUAAUUUUGCUCAUGAACGUAUAUUCAAGUGCAAGCAAGCAAAUUGAUGUUUACAACCUGCUCCCACAACAAACAUAUUUCAUUUAUGAAAGAUGCUCAACUGCCAAUAGCCAACUGGAUUAAAGCACAUUAAAAAGAUCAAGUAAUAGGAUGUACAUGUUUUUUUUUCAUUUCCUAUGUCAUUUAUUUGCCAUAUGAAAAGCACUGAAUGCUCAGUGUAUAUUCAGUACAGACACCCCGUGAGCGUGGUCCACAAUAGAUAUGUAAAUGCUAAUAGAAUGUACUCCUUUUCAUGUCGGUUGUCUGAUGGCUGUAAUUUCAUAUUAAUUGUAAUUAUUUUAUUGUAGUUUAGUGUACAGUUAUACAAUUGACUGUUUAUCAGAUAUCCACAUAAUAAACUGCGUUUGAAUAUCA